GUCUACUUCCUUGUAAAUUAAACGUCUUAUUUUUAACACAUAAACGAUUUGUAUUUUGAAUUUGAAAAGAAUCUCAUUUUACUAGUAUUUGGUAAAAUUAAGUGGAAAUAUGUCGGAAGAAAAGAAAAAGAAUAAGAAGAAAAUUAGCUACGCUGUGUUUUUGAUAUUUCUAUAUUUUGCGAGUUUUAUACUGGUAAAUGUAGGAUUUUAUUUACCAUAUUGGUUCACAUCUUAUGAACAAGGUACAUAUGUUUGGGAAGAAGAUUAUAGGAAGUGCAACGAGGUUGGGCUUAUAACCGGUGAUUGUAGGUACCCAUACACCGGUAUUAAUCAAAAACAGGGGAGCAAAGGCUUUGUAAUUCGUACAACAUUCUACAUGAUGUCUACGGCAAUGAUUUUUCUGUACAUGUCUUUCUUCUUCCUGAUGUUUGGUUUAAUACUGAAUAGUCUUGAGAACCCUAUAUUCAUGGCUUUCGGUUCCAUUAUUGCUGGAGUUCUAUAUCCUGCAGCUGCUGUUUUAACAAUCGCAGCAAGCGUGUACGCGGAGUUGAGUAACACAUCAAAGAUUGGCUAUGCUGCAAUCAUCACAAAUGUUGGAGGGGGACUCAUGAUGGUUUCUUAUGUGAUGCUGAGGAUGUACGAGAAAGUAUUCAAGAAAAAGGGAAGGUCCAUUGAAAGUGAUGACUGACAAAGUAUUUCUUGACUUUGAACAGAGAUGUUUUGUAAUGAUCAACCAGUGAUGUUUUGUAAUGAGCAUGCGUGUUUUACAAUUAGAGGACAUGUUUUAGGUCCCAAUACCUGGAUAUUAGGAUCAUACCGAUUGAUGAUAUGUUUUGUUGUGAACAAGUGUAUUUUACAAUUAGAGGACA